AUGUGCACCCAUGUAAUUGACUCGGAAUAUGACCGGAUCUUCGCGGCCGAGUGGGGUCCGCUCAUGAUCCUGCAGAGUCCGUGGUGGUCAGACUGGUGGUCGAACUACGAAAACUUCAUAUCCUCACGAGGGAACGAAUACUUCUGCGAGAUUGACGAAGAGUACCUCACCGAUCGCUUCAAUCUUACGGGUCUGAACACCGAAGUUCAGUACUACCAAUAUGCACUCGAUCUUGUAACGGACGUGUUCGACUUCGACUGCGAUGAUGAUAUGCGGGAACAGAUCGAGAAGUCGGCACGGCAUCUUUAUGGACUAGUACACGCAAGGUACAUCGUCACGACUCGGGGUCUAGCAAAGAUGCUCGAGAAGUUCAAGAAAUCCGAUUUCGGCAAAUGCCCCCGCGUAAUGUGCGAAUCGCAACCCCUCCUCCCAAUGGGUCAAUCAGACGUUCCCAAUGCCUCACCCGUAAAACUCUACUGCGCUCGCUGCGAAGACCUCUACAACCCCAAGUCUUCACGUCACGCUGUAAUUGACGGUGCAUACUUCGGCACCUCAUUCCAUAACAUCCUUUUCCAAGUCUACCCCGCGAUGCUGCCGCCAAAGUCGCAACGGCGGUACGAGCCCCGCGUUUUCGGCUUCAAAGUACACUCUGCAGCAGCGCUGGCGCGAUGGCAAGCAGACAAGAAGGACGAGAUGAAAGACAGGCUGAAGACACUGAAGAUGGAGACUGGAUUUGAAGAGGAGGAUGAAGAGGAGGAUGACGACGAAGAUGAUGAUGACAUGGAAACCGCGGAAGGCGUUGAAGGAGCAGCUGCGCAGCUAUGA